CUCCCCGCGCUGCUCUGCACCGCCGCUCCUCUACCACAGUUCUCCAGGAGGACCAGUCCUGUCAGACUCACUUCCAUACAUACACACACACACACACACCCACACCCCAGCACAGGACAGCUGCACCGCCGACCAGCAACAACCAUGGCUGCACGGAACACCGCCUCUCUGCUCGUCGGACUCCUGCUCCUCUUCCUCACCUGGGGAGCGUGGGCUGACGUGGAAGUGAACAUGGAGGACAAAGUGGAGGUGUUCAGGGGAGAAAAUGCUUCGAUCACCUGCAUGUUCAUAUCAUCUGACGGCGUUGGCGGCAUGGUCAUACAGUGGUUCUACGUGACACGGUCGGCUGAGAAGCAGAGCAUCUACUACCAGGACACCACCAUGAACAUCGUAGACAAAGGCACACCGUUCACAGACCGGAUCAGUGUGACCGGUACCGGAGCCUCUGGAGAGAUAGUGUUGACUAUCAGCGACGUGCAGCUGGAAGACGAGCUGGAAUUUAUCUGCCUCAUCAAAGGUCUAACAGAUGGGACCGGGGAGGGACGCACAAAGCUGAAGGUUUUCGAAAAACCAGACCGUCCCAUCAUCGAGGCUGUGAAAACGGGGAUCUCAGUUAACGAAAUCAGCCCAUCUAAGAUUGCUACCUGCGAGGUCAAAAAUGGCUUCCCCAAGCCGAGCAUCACUUGGUACAGAAACAACAUGCCGAUACAAGCUGCUCAGGGUGUGGUGGAGGUAGUGACCAGCACCACCACUGAAUCCAGCGGCCUGUUCUCCGUUAAGAGCGAGCUGAGCAUGAUGGUGAUAAAGGAGGACCAAGAUGAUCUGUUCUACUGCGAGGUCACCUACUCUGUUCCCGGGGGAUUAACCAUGACCGAGAGCAACCGUAUUAACAUCACUGUACACUACCCCUCCACAGCUGUAAGGGUUUGGGUGGAGUCACCAAAGGGCAAAAUCAAGGAAGGGGACUCGAUCGAGCUUCACUGUCGUGACGACGGGAAUAUGCCAUCCUCAUCCCUGUCAAUCUCGUACCCAGGAGGUGAACACACUUUGGAGAACAAUGUGAUGGUGGUGGAUAAUGUGACCCGUCUAAACAGUGGACUUUACCAGUGUAAAGACACGGACUGGGACACCCUUGAAGAGAUCACGGGAAACACCACUGUGUUUGUAAACUAUCUCGAUCCUGCUGUUGUGGAGCCUGAACACACUGUUGAGGUGGCCCAGGGAGAGGAGCUGACGGCCACCUGCAACGCCAACUCUUCUCUCCAGACACAUACAGUCUGGUUUAAGGAUGGAGAGGAGGUUUCAACGGGCCACAGUUUGACCCUGAUGGACGCUACGUUUGACUCAGCAGGGACGUACAAGUGCGUGGUGACUGUUCCUGAGAUUGAGGGAAUGGAAACCAGCGGGACACUCAGGGUUUUUGUCACGGGCCCACCAGAGAUCAUAAAGCCGGACUCCACAGAGAGGGAGGCGAGUUUCGAGGAGACAAUCAAUCUGAGCUGCAAUGUCAGAGGUUUCCCUGCUCCCACCGUUACCUGGAACACCUCUGAUGGAAAGAUCCUCGAGACAGCAUUCGAAAUGAGGACCGAUGAGGGCGUUGAGAGUCUGGUCAGCAUCAAGGUCACCUCUGACAUCUCCGCUACCUGCGAAGCCUCCAAUGAGUUCGGCGAUGACACGCUGACCUUCAACAUCACAGCCAUUAUACUCACCACCACACCAGCCACCACUACUACUACUAGCACUACCACUACAACUACCCCUACAACUACCCCUACAACUAUCCCUACAACUACCACUACCACUACAACUACCCUUUCUGACACAGUCAAAGCAGCAACAGCUGACCCACCAAAGAAAGUGAAGAAAGAGGGCAGAGGUGUUAUCAUUGCAGUCGUCAUUAUCUGCAUCCUGCUGCUGGCCAUCUUGGGGAGUGUGCUCUACUUUCUCUACAAAAAGGGCAAGAUCUGUGGCCGGUCUGGCAAGCAAGACCUCACCAAAGAGAAGUCCAGCAAAGAUAACAUCGUGGUGGAGAUGAGGAGCGACAACACAGAGGAAGCUGUGCUCCUCGGGGUCAAUGGAGAAAAGCUACAUCCCGGCGACCAGUAAAGGGCGGUGAGUACCUGGAUGUACAGAAGUGAAGAGGCGACUGCAGACACACCAACAGCUGCUUCCUGUUCUUCCCUCUCAGGCUCAGACCGGCCGAUGCCUUCAAAGCUUCCACCGCAGCUCCUUAUCCCAGAGUUACGUCAUGGAAAAGCUCAGUCGUCUGUCAGUUAACAUCCUGAUGCACGACUGAGGCUCAAGUUAUUUCAAGCUGCAGCUUUUGCUUACUCUCUUUUACAUCCAGCACAUUUUUGUUGCAAAGAGCUUUAAUGGGAAGUGAUUUGAGCGCCCCAGUGACGUAACUCUGCGAAUAAACCUUUCACCUUCAAACCCAGGACUAUCCUUGGCCUAUAGUUCUCAUUACCACGAGCCUUGUAUACUGCUGAUUGUCCGUAGAACAGUAAUUUGAGCACAACAUUGACCAGGGACUGUUUUUAUACCCGACUACGCAUCACCUCAGGCAAAGUAAUCACUGAAGAGCAGCCUGAAACAGCUCUUUAUCAAGUGUACAUAUUAUAAUCUAUGUAUAUAUUUCUUUAUUUAAAAUAACACAAUAGAAAAAAACAACCAAAAAUAAAUGAUCAGAUCGUGUUUUAUUUUGUUUGGGAGAGCGUAGGUAGAUUUUAUUUUUAAUAUUUGUUGUCUCUGUUUCCUGCUAUGUCAGUCUGUACACUGAAAUCUUUGGGGAUGCGUCCCCCUACAGCCAGUUACAGCCUCACCAAAGUUUUUACUUUUAGCUCUGAAAACAAUCUUUUAGGUCAUUUAGUCGCACAUCAUUCACAUUUGUAGUUUUUCCUUUCCUACAGCUAACACUCUCUUCUUUACACUCCCCAGUUCGUGUAUAUUAAAGAAGAUAUUUUUGCGUGACGGGUGAAUAAUCUGUUCAGCAUUUGACAUAGAAGGGUUAACAUUAUUUGUUUUACUUUUUGGUUUCUUUCCUUCACAGUCUAGUUUUGAUGUUUUCCUGUGUGUGUUUGAGUUGAAUCAUUGCCAACAGCCAAGUUAAAAAGUUACAGAUGCCUUAGAAAUUCAAUCAAAGCAUGUAGAAAUUGAGUUGAUAUGUUUCUAUUUAAUGUUCAGUGCACUGAUUUCUUUGUGGUUAUUCUUCAUGCAGUUGUGUUUCUCUAAUGUGAAACAGUGGUUUUGUUUAAUGUGACUGUAUGUGAAUGAAAAGUAUUUCUGUAGGUAUUUUUUUAGUUCUUUUUUAAGAGGAAGGACGAGGGUAAAACAGAUUAUUGGUCCAUGAUAAAUAUGGUUCACAGCAUGAAGUUGCCCUCGUAAGGAAAAGACACGUUUCUUUUUAAUGAGUGAAUUAAUUCAUGUUUUGACUGAAACUUGAAAUAAUCUGUUGGAUCCCAGAGAGACACGGAUUCCCCCUCAGGCAUGAUAGCUAACUGCAGUAUAUGACUACUGAGGAGGGGAGAAUGACUGUGACUCCACAUAUGCAAAUUAAGUUUUUAGACAAUCAACAAUCAAGACGCACUGUGCUCAGUAAUGUGCAGGUAUUAUCCGUACUUACCGUUCCUACCCUCUGUCAGUCUGUUUUGUUCUGCUGUUUUUAAGAACUACCACUGUUUAAUAGUUUUGGUUUAAAUGUUUGAAUUCUGUAAAAUGCCUUGGAGUUGUGAAAUUAAUGUCAUGGAUGACAUUCAAACCAAUUUACCAACAAAUUGUUUUCAUUGUUUGUAGUUUUUGAAAAUUAUACCAAAUAAAGAUUCACUGUUAAAUGAAA